GCCACACUAGUUUACAUCAUUUUUGAACUCGGUAAGCUGAUGAUCAUUUUUGGUGUAGAAUCAUGCCCUGAGUUCGAAAAUGCGAAAGAAAAAAAUUACAGUAGAGCGGAAAAUUUUUCGACUUUCCAUACAAGGUUGAUGAUUUAAAAUCGAUUUUUGUUCUAUUUUUAAGCAAAGUCGCUCACUUCAAACAUCUCAUUCUCCGUAAUCAAUGCUCCGAUUGAGCUGAAAUUUUUACUGUAAUUUGCCUACAUAUGAUAUGUAAAAUAAACGUCGAGAAAGAAUUUUUAAGUUGUUUUUUUCUUAUUGAAAAAAUACAUUUCUUCAAAAAAUUUUGGGAAUUUUGCUAAAAUUUAAGAAGAUCGUCCCUAAAACUCGCCAAUAUCUUGAAAUUCAUCAAUCUGGCGCAAAACCUGCAUUCAGAUGAUCGAAUGGUAUUGUAUUCAGCUUUUAAUUUAUGGAAAAAGAUUUAAAAUUGUUUGAACAAAACGCAAUAUAUUUGAAUUUUAAUAAAUUACAUAUUUUGAAACGUUGCAAAACUCGAUAUUGAGCUAUAACUCAAAAACUGUUCUACUUUAAAUUUUUUGAAGGUCGGUUUCGAAAUCAGCACUAAAUUGUGCUUCAAAAAUUUUGGUCGUUGACAGAAGUUCACGACUUUCGUUUUAUUUUGUAAACUUGUGUAAUAAUCAUAUUAGCUUAGUUUGGAAGAACAGCCUAUGUUUUGAAGAAGGCCUAAUUUCUUGUGAAAAUAUUACAUAAUAGGUCAAUAAUUGUUAUAGCAUGGUUGAUCGAGAUGAUAACGCAAAAGUUCAGCGCAGAGUAGUCAGCACUUUUAAGUUAAUAGUGUUCACAACUGAUCUACUCGGAAUAACUACGUUUCGUUAAAACGAACAAUAGUUCAUAAAAAUUAAAACGUGUGAGCUAACGGAUCCAGAAAAAAGCAUCAAAAUGGCGAGAAUGCAGCAUUCUUAUUUGAAUAAGCUGUUCUUUUGAAUCCAUGUUUUGAAUCCAGAAGUUGUGAAAAAUAAAACGUCAAGGUUCCCCAUAAAAUAACAACUUAAAAGAACAGCCCACGAUUGAAAGAAGGGAGAAUUUCUGGUAAAAAUGACAUCAAAUUGAAUUUAAUUUCCUUGAAGAUAGAACUAGAAAGAAAAGCCUAUUAACAAAAGAAGGGACAAUUCCAAUAAAUGUUUCCACAGCUAUAUUGCUGAAAAUAUUUAUAACAGUAUAAGUCUUAUAUCAGACUAUGUUCAACAGUUGGCAAUCGCUCUUCGUGCGCGACAGACGAGCUUCAAUACAGCUCCCGUCUAUCAAUUUGUCUGUUGUUCCUGUUGCGUUAGAAUUUUGCAACCGUCGCAAGAUGUCUACGUACAGGAAAAAUACACUCGUCAUUGACUUCAGUGUCCUGCCAAAGCGACCCGUUCUGGAUCAAGUUCAGGAAUUCCUCAAAGACGACCUAAAAAUCGACAUGGCCGACGUCAAAAACAUUCAAAUACACAAUCUAAAAAAUUGCCUGUAUAUUGAAAUGAAUGACGCCGGCGUAGCACCACGACUGCAAAAACAACAUCAUCUCAAGCACUACUUCAUCCACCAAGGAACAAGUUACUACAUCCCAGUGUAUGUUGACGGCCCCACUACAACCGUGAGGAUCCACGACCUUUCACCGCAAAUGUCCAACGACGUCAUCACGAGCCACAUGCAACAGUAUGGCAAAGUAAUCUCCAUCGAAAAUGAAGUAUGGAAGAACUUUUUCCCGGGAAUUCCAAACGGCGUCAGAGUUGUGCGAAUGAAACUGGAGAAGACGCUGCCGUCUCGUAUUGUGGUCAACGACGAACCUACCUACGUAACCUAUCCGAAAACAAACAAACACACAUCGCUCCAGCCAACACAACUAUCAAGCUCUGCCAAAGAGCAAAACAGCAUCGGUGAUAAACAAUGCACAACUGUUGAUCACCCACCGGCUCCGACUCUCACUGGCAAAAAUGACGAUGAUAACGACACCAACAACGACGACGACGGCGACGAUGAUGUUAUUCGGCGCACCGAUACCGACGAGUAUACGGAAAAAGACACAGAGACCGUUGAAACUGAAGUUGAGCCUGAGACUACGAAGAGACGGUUGUCGACUGAAACGGACAAUGGAAGAAAAGAAGAGAACACUGCAAAACGAUCCUGCAAUGAGGGAGGACAGAAUGCUGAAUUAGAUUGGAAGAUUUAUCAUACUAGAUCGAGAAAAAAAUAAGCUGUGUAAAUUGUACCAUAUUGUAAUGUUUUGAUUUGAUCUUAAUUAUCGACACGAAUGCACCUGCAGUGUAAAGUGUCGCAAAUAAAACUUAAUAAUAAUAAUAAUAAGACUAUGUUCAAAGAAAGCAAUACGCGUGGAAGACGCCUUAAUAGAUUUCAGAAAAGUAUUAUUAUGUAUAUUAUGGUUUUCGGGCGAGUGGUCUUUCGGAUGAAUGGUAUUUUCGGGCGAAUGGUAUUUAGGGCGAAUGGUCUUUUCGGGCGAAUGGUCUAUUCGGGCGGAUGACUUUCGGGCGUUUGUUACAUUCGGGCGUUUGUCAUUCGGGCAUUUGGAAUUCGGGCGAAUGGUUUUCGGGCGAAUGUGACAGAACCG